CUUUAAAAGGAAAACUUGUCUUUGUAAUAUUCGAAGAAGUUAUGUUGAACUUUCUUAAAAUUUCUUAGUCAAAAGAAAGUCGGAGGAGAAAGUCUAAAGUGGAAAGUCGAGCGUAGAAAGUCGAGAAGUGAGAGUCGAGAGUCGAGAAUAGGAAGUCGAAAGUGGAAAGUGGAAAGUUGUAAAAAUGUUUCGACCACAAGUGUCUUGAUUAUGUUUACGAUUUGACGCCCCGGGCGCGUAAACUCCGUGCUCCGCUCCGCUCCGGUCCGCUCCGGUUCGGUCCGUUCCUACCUUUGAGCGCGUAGCCGACCGAUAUUGCUGUACAAAAUAUUUUAUUUGUUUUAUUAUUUUUGCGCUUUGACGUGGUCUAACGCCUUAGGAGCUAUUUUCCUUGGCUCCUAAAAUUGCCCACUUUUUAUUGCCAUAAAAUAUUUUAGCGAUUUACGUUAAGUGCCUGUUCUUCACGGUGCGAGUGUUUGUUGUUACAGCCAAUUUAAUUUAUUAUUUAUACAUUGCAUAAUAUUUUUAUAUAUCAACAAAUUGAAUUUGAAGCCAAGCAAGAUAACCAAAGUGUUUAUCAAUCAAAAUGAAGAAAUUGCACCUGGGCGCACGGAAUAAGGGCAAAGCCUAUAAAAACUUCAAGCAAAAGAAUCGCAGGGGUUCUGCCGAUUCCAAUUACUCACAACCCUCAUCCGAUCUGUCGCUAGACGAGGAAAAAGAAUCGCUUCGGCGAGAAAAGGAACGUCAGGCCUUAAGCCAGUUGGAUAAAGCGAGGAGUAAACCGGUUGCGUUCGCUGUGCGAACAAACGUUUCGUAUGAUGGCACAAUUGACGACGAUUCGCCGGUUCAGGGAAGUGCAGUCUCAUUCGACGUUAGGGAAUUUCUGCACAUCAAAGAAAAAUACGACAAUAACUGGUGGAUCGGUAGAUUGGUUAAGGAAGGCUGUGAUGUGGGAUUCAUACCCAGCCCCGUUAAGCUAGAGCACAUACGUAUGCAGAACCAAACCAGACCCUCAAGACUGUAUGGCACAAAAGGAUCUUCAAGCGGGAAUUUAGGUACAGGACAAGCAGGUGCGGAGCCAUCACGAGGUAGCACACCCCCUACACCUGGUGACGAAUCAGAUUCCAUGGGACCAGGACGUCAUGGCAAGCAACCAUUGGCUACGCCGCCAAACAAAGAGAAACGUAAACCCUUCUUUAAAAAACAAGAAACAGCCUCACCGUACGAUGUGGUACCAUCGAUGCGUCCAGUCGUUUUAGUGGGUCCAAGCCUUAAAGGUUACGAAGUAACAGAUAUGAUGCAAAAGGCUCUGUUCGAUUUUUUGAAACAUCGUUUCGAGGGUAAAAUAAUCAUUACGCGCGUCAUGGCUGAUAUUUCACUAGCGAAGCGAUCAAUUAUGAAUAAUCCGUCAAAACGCGCAAUAAUGGAACGUUCAAGUAGUCGAUCCGAUUGUCUAAGUAAGGUUCAAGAAGAAAUUGAACGCAUAUUCGAAUUGGCAAGAACCUUGCAAUUAGUUGUACUCGAUUGUGAUACAAUCAAUCAUCCGUCACAAUUAGCAAAAACUUCAUUAGCGCCAACAAUAGUUUAUUUAAAAAUUAGUAGUAGUAAGGUCUUACAGCGUUUAAUCAAAUCACGUGGAAAGUCACAGGCAAAAAAUCUUUCUGUUCAAAUGGUUGCCGCUGAAAAACUAGCCCAAUGUCCACCGGAAAUGUUCGAUGUAAUAUUAGAUGAAAAUCAAUUAGAGGAUGCUUGUGAGCACAUAGCAGAAUAUUUAGAUACUUAUUGGAAAGCCACACAUCCUGACAUACGAACGGCUCCCGCAAUACAAAGACCUCUGCCAUCACAAGAAGCUUCGCCAUCCGCGGAACAAGGUCGUAUGGGUCCAACACCACCAGGAGGUGCCUCUUAUCAUCAUAAUCGUCGUCAAACGUCUGGAAGACAUCACGAACGUGAUCGAUAUGAACGCGAUCGUGAACGUGAUAGAGAACGAGAUCGUUACGAUCGUAUGGAUCGGGAUAGAGAACGAGAGCGUUUACAUGCACGUGAACGCGAUUUAAUGCAUUACGACCUUAACAGCGAAGAACUGCUAGACGAACGCAACUAUAGCGUUGAUUAUCCACCAGCGCCACGUAGUGGUCCGAGUGGUGCAGCCGCUACGCAUCAUAGCGGUCAUGGGCAUUUAUCACGUGGCGGUCGUCUAGUUGUUGAUGAUGCUGAUCUUAUGCUUGAGCGUGAUGAUCCACGCAUGAUGGGCGUACGUUAUUCAGCAACUGGGGGUACAACAACAUCUGGUCGUAUUGAUCCACGAGAUUUACCACCAUCAGCACCGACACAACGACGUGGCGCACCCAUUGUCGAUCGUGAUGAAUACAGUCCGCACAGAGGUGGUGGGAGUAGUAGGAGAAUGCUGAAUGCCAUGUAGGAAUCGUGGAUAUAGGGGUGGGAUCAGAUCGAUAGCGUAACGACAAGAGAAACCAACAUCGAUCAUGACAUUGUUCACAAUCAAUAUGCAAAUCAGAAAACGAAUUCCAAUCAAAAACAAAAACAAUUAAUACAAUUACAAAAACAAUAUAGUCAACAUUAUCGUAAUUCUAGUCAUUUACCCGUACAACGUAGCAAUAAUCAAAGCUAUCAGCAACAAUCCUAUCAUACACAACAAAUACAACCAACGCAAUCACAAAAACUAGCAUUAAGACACAAUACUGCAAGUGUUCCUGGACCGAGUAGUUCAUAUGGUCCAACGACUUUAACAAAAAACACAGAUCAUUUUCAAUUACAAUCAACCCACUUACAUAGUCACACACAGAAAAAACACACCCAAUCACAUUCACAAUCAGAGCCACCUCAGCUACAACAAAUGCAAACGCUUCGAAUACGAGGCAGUGAACGCGACUCAGAUACACUGGAAUAUGCCACCUCAUCCUUCUCAAAUGCCACCGACGCAUUAACAAACGCGAUACGUAAUAAAAUCAUCGUUGAAGAGGACGAGGAGGACAUUUUGAGUAGUGAUAGAUUUUAUUAAAGAGAUUUCAUGAAGACACUUUAAUUUCGAAUAUUAAUUUUCAUUUCAAUCGAAUCAAUUAACAACCAUUUAGCAUGUUUGCAUUUCUUUUUAGAUA